AGAAGCGGCGACGGGAGGAGAGAGGAGCGGCGCCGGGGGGCUCACCAAGAUCCGCUUGAAGAGCUAGCUUGAAGAACAAGACACAAUAAAAAUCGAACCAUGAUCACAUUUAAUCAGAGGUUUUAAUGCAAGAACCAUUACUGGCUGGAGUAGAAGCUGAUUUGAUUUUACUUGGCCUACCCUAUUCUUUUAAAACCAAUUUUGAAGCAUGCCACGUUUGGGGAAAAUACAUGAAAUGACGUGUGUGUAAUUUGAUCUGACUCUUGCCAUUCCUCCCAAAGGUGUUGCUGAAGUCACAGUGUGUUACUGUGCAGCUCUGAGGAAGACAGUAAAACAGGCAUCCUGGCAAGCAAGGUGCAGUACUUCUGGGUUUGCUGCAUAUUGCUCUUUCUUCAUUGUGGACAAAUGAUGAAAGUAAACAGGCGAGAAUAAUGGGUGGUGGGAAAAUAAGAAACAAAAUGAAACCUUUCCAAAGGGUCUGUCUGUUCAAGAGCCUGCUUGUCAAUUGCUACUGUCACAGUCAGUUUCACAGCUGUCUUCUCCCUCCCGUUGCAAAGAAGAUAGGCUGUGUGGUGGGGCUGCACAAUCAUGGAUUUUGGAGGCCAGAGUCUUUAUUGGACACAGCUAGAUUCACUCUGUCUUUUAACAGUCGGCAUAGGAAAAUCCAUCAGGAUUCUCAAGCUUUGUGGAAGCAUGAGGCUGUGCAGAAGUAUCUGGAGACUUUAAGCAAGGAAUACCAGCAGGUUAGUCAUCUGUUAAAGGCAGACUCAUUGAAUGACUUUGAGCAAAGAACCCUGAGGAGAAGAUAUGCAGAUCUGUCCCCCAUUGCAGCUGCAUUUCAAGGAAUCAAAGAAGCUGAAAAAGAAGUUCAAGAGUUAGAAGCUAUGUGCAGAGAGCUAGACAGGAGAGAUGAGAAACAACUUCUAGAGCUUGCCUUAGAAGAGAAGGAAACUCUGGAUGAAAAAAUGAACCUGUUGUGCAGAAAGCUUUUCCAGCUUCUAGUGCCAAAGGAUAAAUAUGAUAGAAGUCCUGUCAUAUUGGAAGUGACAGCUGGCAGAACAACUGGAGGAGACAUCUGCCAACAGUUCACUAAAGAAAUGUUUGAGAUGUACCAGAACUAUGCAGACUACAAACGUUGGACCUUUGACAUUGUGAACUAUACGCCAGCUGAGAUAGGAGGGUUGCAUCAUGCUGCUGCUCAUAUUUCAGGAGAGGAUGUCUACAGGCAUCUGAAAUAUGAAGGAGGGACUCAUCGAGUCCAGCGAAUCCCCGAGACGGGCAUGUCGUCAAGAAUGCAGCGUAUCCACACUGGGACAAUGUCAGUUAUUGUCCUCCCUCAGCCAGAGGAGGUUGAUAUUAAAGUGGAUCCCAAAGAUUUGCGUAUAGAUACAUUCAGGGCCAAAGGAGCAGGAGGGCAACACGUUAACAAAACCGAUAGUGCUGUGAGAAUUGUACACCUUCCCACAGGACUGGCAGUGGAGUGCCAGCAGGAGCGGUCACAGCAGCUGAACAAGGAAAUAGCUCUGCGGACACUGAGAGCUAAGCUGUACCAGCAGAUCAUUGAAAAACAACUAAGUCAAGAGCAGAGUGCCAGAAAACUGCAGUUGGGAACAAGAGCCCAGUCAGAGAGAAUUCGUACUUAUAACUUCACCCAGGACAGAGUCACCGACCACAGGAUCUCAUAUGAGGCACGAAAUAUCAAGGAAGUUCUAUAUGGGAAAGAAGCCCUGGAUAAGCUAAUCAACAGACUACUGGAGUUUGCAGAGAUAGAGGCUGUCACCGAAUAUCUAGAAAAUCUGCAGGCUUCUGAAGGAGGAGGCUGCUGACACCCACGUGUAGAGUUAAACCAAAAAUGUUGUGUUUGGUAGCAAAAUAAAACAGAUGUGUUUGUUGGGUGAGGUGUUGAUUAAAAUCUAUUCUUCUGUUUCUCAA